UAGACAUGUUUUUGCAGUCCGGAGAUGUGGAAGUGACUCCAGGAACGUCACUUGCCAGUUCCAGGGACCAAAUGCAGAUGUUGAUGGACGAGGCCAUGGACAUCAGCCCUCCUGUGACCCCGCCGCUGCCGCCUCUGACCUGUCCUCUUCUGACCUGUCAGCCUUCUUCUUCUGUGACCAGUCAGCCUUCUCUUCUCAGCCCUCCACCAGCUGUCCAAGAGGAGAGAGCUUCUGACAAAGAUAAGUCUUGUUGUGCACAUGUUGUACCCGUCGGUGUUCCAUCUGUCGUUAGGGGUAGUUUUCAUCAGGGUGAUUUUAGGUUCGAGUAUGCAGGUGUACAGUGUAUGGCGAUAGCUUUGGUAGCUUUAGCUAAGCACUCGGUGUGUAAUGUGUUUUCAUGGGAUCAGAGGCAGUUAGAUUUGGUUUUGAAUCUUGGGGAUGCACUGUACACAGACCGUCGGAAUCGGGGCUUGACUCAUGGGCGUGACUUGUUAAUUGCUUCAGACCUGCCACGUGAGUCAGUUAUAGAUGGGCAGCAGUUUAGCUUUUCUUUCAGUCAGCCAGUUAAUGGGGCUGCAAAUGUUGUCGAACAUGAGUUUAUUGAGGUGGGCGCGUGGGUAACCUUAGAUGGUGCUUUAGAGCAAAUGUUGGCACAGUACGACACAUGUCUUAUGACACUCUGUGGUGCUGCUUGUGCCAUUAUUAAAGACAAUGGGCGGUAUGCUGUAGUCGAUUCUCACUCGCGUAGUGCUGAAGGAUUGGUAGAUCCUGAUGGUAAAAGUGUGGUUAUGUAUUUUGGUCAUAUUGAUGAGCUUUACAGUUUUUUUUGUACGUUGGCUGCAUGCUAUGGUGAUGAUUCAGAUGAGUCUUUCAAAGAGUUUGAAUUGACUGGUGUUGAUGUCGUUGUUGCAGCUGAUUGUGUGAGGGGCUUAAAGUGCCAAGAGGCCGCAGAAGUUUCUUCUGUACUCCCUGACAAAUACCCAAAGCAGGACAUUGAAGUUGUUUCUGAUAGUGUGAGGGGCUUAAAGUGCCAAGAGGCCGCAGAAGUUUCUUCUGUACUCCCUGACAAAUACCCAAAGCAGGACAUUGAAGUUGUUUCUGAUAGUGUGAGGGGCUUAAAGUGCCAAGAGGCCGCAGAAGUUUCUUCUUCUGUACUCCCUGACAAAAACACAAACCAGGACAUGGAAGUUGAUUUAGAUGUGCUCUUUACCAGUGUUCAAGACAGUGCCCUGUCCUUUAAUCCACUCAAUGAAAGUGUUUGUAAGGAUUUGUGCAAACACAUUAAAGCUGAUUUUCAGAAGCUCGGUGUGGCAGAUCCAAAAACUGUAGGGCCAUUAGGAGUGCCAUGUAAAAAUGACAAAAUAGUUGCGGACGGGAAUUGUUUCUUUCGGGCGGUUUCACAGGCCAUUAGUGGCACUCAAAAAUAUCAUCGGAAAAUUAGACUUGCAAUUGUGAAACAGCUUGAAAAAAAUCCUUCAAAAUACAACACCCUGUUGCGCGAUGGCCACUCAUCUGUGGACCAAUAUAUCAGUGUGUCAAACAUGCGUAAAGUUGGCACAUGGGCCACAGAAGUAGAAAUCCAGGCAGCUGCGGAUUAUUUAGGCGUCGAUGUAUUUACAUUUUACAGUGGACAUUGGCUUAAAUAUGGUUGUACUACCAAGCCUCUGUCAAACAAUGGCAUUUACCUAGAGAAUAUUAACAGUUGCCAUUAUGAAAAUGUAAUUUGUGUCAAAAUACCAAAUGCUAAUGCUUGUUAUGAAUGCUGCAGAGUCCAUCAAUUUUCAAUGGAGAGCUACAAUAUUCGGUCCAAAAAAGUAGCUCCCAAGUCACAGAUUAAUGUAGAUGAUGAAAUUCAUAUAAAACCUAAAUUAUCAAAGUAUAUACAAAAGAAAAAGCUAAAGCAUUUGAAAAACAGAUACAAUACACUUAAUGAGACAAUCAAGGAAAAACAGAGGACACAAAAAUAUAGAGAUGAUGCGGACUAUAGAGAGGGGAAAAAGGCUGCAAUCAAACAUAAAUACAGAACCAGCACAGAAUUUAGAGAAAAUCUUAAAUCAACGUAUAAAAAGAAAUACCGAGCUGAUUUAGAAUACCAGAACAAACUUAAGAUUGCUGCUGAGGACUUGGAUGAGGUUCAUGAGCAGAUGGAAUCUGGAGAGAUACAUGAAGAUGCAUGGGGCUUGCUCUGCCCAGAACAGGAAGUGGAGAGGUUGGAGUCGAGGGAGGAGUUCAGAGAGAUGUUGCAGGCUGUUGGUUCUGAGCAGGAGCAAGAGGCUAUUCCAGACUUGGCU